AAGGAAAAAGGGCUGGGACGUAGCUCAGUGGUUAAGUGCCUUUGGCUUUAAUCCCAAGGACCAAACAAUCACACACUAAAAAAAAAGUUGUUACCAAAAUAUUUAAAUGUGACAACUGUUCGAUAGGUCAAAUUUGUUUAGGUAGUUAAUGCUGUACAUUUCCAGUUUCUCAAAAAGAAAUUAGAGGCAAUUUGUGACAAUCUGAAUAUGUAGAAAAAAUUGUUUUGUCUCACACUAAAAAUGGACAACCUGGAUAUUCUGUUUGCUUGGAGGUUUAAAAAUCACUGGCAGUGGACUGUUUCAAAGCAUUUCACACUUGAUUUUUGCUUCUUUUUGUCCUCUUUUCUUUUGCUAGACUGAUUGGAUAUUGCUGUUGGGAAAUCUAACUUCUUUCAAUAACAACCACAGAGGCAUCCUUAUCAUGUGCUUCUUAAGAUAGUUUUGUUUUAAAUUUCUUAUUGAUAACUAAAAUACCCAGCAUCUCAGAUCUUCCUGUUCCACAUUUCCUUUGUAAUAACUGAUAUGAAUAGGAUGUUUUUAAGACCACAUGGAAUGAAACUGCAAUCUGUAUCAAAUUAGGUGCUUACUUUGUUUUUUAAAAUGCUAGCUGCUUCUGUAAGCAUUCUUUUCCAACUAUAUAAGUCAAUUUCCACAAUUAUGAAAUAGCAUACCUAUUCACUUUGUUUCCUUUGCUAGCAUACCUAUUCACUUUGUUUCCUUUGCUAGAAAAUUAACUUUGACUCAUCCCCAACAGUAUUUGUUUAAGAAGGUGGAGGGAAAGGCAUAGCUCACAAUUCUGUCACAAGCUUUCUUCUUAGUAUUCUAGUGGCAGUAUAACUUAAGUAAUUUACUCUUUCAACAUAAAGGAUUGUUUCUAAUUAGUUUUAACUAGCCUUUUCCAUGGUGUCUUAGGAAAUGAUUCAGGCAUCAAUUUAAAAUAUAUUUAUUGAGCAUCUACUCUGUGUCACACACCAUCCUAUUUUAGGUACUAACGAAAUAUCACUGAACAAAACAGAAAGACAUGGUCUCAUGGAGCUUAUGAUCUAGUGGAAGACAGAUAAUAAGAAAAAUAGUAAUUUGUUAGGUGUAACUACUAUGAAAAAACUGAAGCAAAGAAGGGAAGCUGUUAGGGGAGAGGCAAUGUUUUAAAUGGAAUGGUAGGGUAGGUUUCUUGGAUGAUAUUGGUGGAAAGAUUUUUCCAAAUAGAGAUAAUAGGUACAUAUGCUCCAGGAUUGAGAUUGCCUUGUUGUUAUAUAAGAUCAGGGAGCAGGCCUGUGUAGCUGGAACAAAUUGUUUAGCAGAAAUAAGGGCAGAGGUAGAAAUAGGGGUAGGACUAGGAAGGUUAGCUAGUAUAGGUUUUAAGGUCACAGGACUCUGGAUGAGAAAAUUGGGAAGGUAUUGAAUAGCUGGCAAUUUUAGCUUGCUCUUAGUUCUACAAACUUCUGAAUAUUAAAAGUAUAACCAUGUCAUAUCACAAGUUGCUACAAACCUCAAGUUGUGCCCAAACCUAAUUUACCAUUCUUAAAACAAGUGAAAAUGCCUUACUUCUGAAAAGGGAAAGAGAUGUAGAGAAUAAGAUUGAAUACUAAGGCCAGAUACCUAAAUUACAGCUUUAAUUCUCUAGUUGGGAUCUUAAACAUUAAUGAGCCUUCUUCUCUGUUUUCUUAUUUACAGGUUGGAAGAGUAUCUUUUUCCAGGGUUCUUGUUAUCUCUAGUAUGUCUUGGUUUCCCAUAAUACCUCAGUCCAGGCUGUAUUUUCCAAUCUUAUUUCCUAUUUAUGGCUUGCUCUUUCUAUACCAAUAAUAUAUUUUACUGUAUUACACAGUUCAGAAUUUUCCUGACCCAGCAACGUGGAAAUGAUGUAUAAAGUAUAGAUUAAACAACAAAAACUACUUCGCUAGAAUUCUCGUAAAAUGGAACAAAAUCAGGGUUUUCUUGGUUUUCUGUUUGACUGCUUGAAUGAACCAUUUUGUUUUCUUGGUGGGGACAAAAUAUAGUACAAGGUUUGUAAUGCCUUUACUCACUGUUCUGAGAAUUUAAGAGGAACGGAUUAAGUAAAUUACACUUAGCACAACAGUAUUAUUGGUAAGUGGAGGGAAAAGAUUUCAGUACUGGGAAAGAAGAAACUAAGGGUCUUAGUUUUUCAGAUGCCUUUAUACCCCUUAUAAGAAUGAGAUUGAAGUGUUCUGCAUAUUAAAUCUGAAAAUUUUCUUGUCAAUUUCUUUGGAAACUGAUUUCUAACAUAAAAUAUGGCACACGUUAACAGUACGUUCGAGUAAAGGACUUCAUUACAAUUCAGGAAGAAGUGAGCGCUUCUACAAACUUUAUCCCACUUUAGCGACAGACUGCCUAAGGUGUCAGUCUCAGGGGUUUCUAUGCACACGGAGUUCCAGAGUAUAGACMCAUUUAAACUGAAAGUGUAUAGAAUGACAUAUGAAAUUUGCUCACUCGGAAACACGAAAACAUUGUAUAAAGAUAAAGCAAUAAAGCAGUUAAAGGAAAAACCCGCUUUAGAUAUAUGUUAAAGAUCUCCUACUUGAAGAAAACCAAGCUCUUCUGAUUACGCAAGGUGCUGUCCAAUCACCAAAUCCCCAAGAGCAAAGCUAAAGCCGAUAUGCCCAUAUCACAUCUACAACCUGUAGCGCACCCUUGUAAAGAACUCACUGGGGACUGAUAGAGACAAAGGAAAGUUUGUCAAAGUUUUGGAGAAAGGAACGGCGCGGGGAGCGUUUCAGACUACACUUUAAGCCCAGGCAGUGAAGGAAGCCGACUACCCCAACUUGUUCUUCGAUCGCCGCUGGGCCAGGAGAUGCGAGAUGGAAGUUUUUCUACAGGAAAUCAGUCUCCCGGUCCCCGUGACGCUGGAGAUUCGCAGGGCCAUCAGUCAAAGUCUGGGCUUCUGCCAUUCUCGCUCCUCCCCAGGGCUGGCCAACUCAGGCGUUUGGGGAAGGACGAACGAACUCCGCGGACAAGCAUUCCAGAUUCCCAGCGACCCCGAGGCAGGGGUUUCUCUCCACUCGCAGCAAUCCCGAAUUGCCCGGGGCACCUAGCCCGGGGAACUUCGCAGCCKGCGGCAAGGGGACGACCCCGCGCCCGCCUCCAUUCCUCCGCGCGCCGGCGCUAUGGAGACGGUCACGAGACGCCGGCGGCUCCUGCGCCCGCCAAUGGGAGCGCACGUCGCGGGGAGACGCGGACGUCGCUCUUCCAAGAUGGCGGCGCGUCCGUCGCGAGCAGCCGGGCCGGGGGGAAGCCAGCGAAGCCGAGUAAAGCCGCCGCCUGGGAGAGGACUGAAGGAGCAGUUGCCGCCGUUGGCGGCUGCCCGAGCAGUUUUCGCUACUGCUACGGCUGUUGCCAUGCGGCGAGGCUAGGGAGGACCUCACUUCCCCGGGGUGUAAUAAUGUUAACAGAGGCCAGUCUAUCCAUAUGGGGAUGGGGAAGCCUUGGCGUCGUCCUUUUUCUAGUAACCUUUGGACCCUUUGUAAUAUUUUAUUUGGCCUUUUAUAUCCUCUGCUUUGUGGGUGGGGGUUUAGUGGUUACCCUUCUGUUUGGAAAAACAAACUCAGAAAAGUACCUAGAGCAGUGUGAACACUCAUUUCUUCCUCCAACAUCAACUGGGGUUCCUAAGUGCUUAGAAGAAAUGAAACGGGAAGCCAGGACUAUUAAGAUUGAUAGAAGAUUGACGGGUGCCAAUAUAAUUGAUGAACCUCUCCAGCAAGUUAUCCAGUUUUCCUUGAGGGAUUAUGUCCAGUAUUGGUAUUACACACUAAGUGAUGAUGAGUCUUUUCUUCUUGAAAUUAGGCAGACUCUUCAGAAUGCUCUCAUUCAGUUUGCUACUAGGUCAAAAGAAAUAGACUGGCAACCUUAUUUUACUACACGCAUUGUAGAUGAUUUUGGCACACACCUAAGAGUAUUCAGAAAGGCUCAACAGAGAAUAACAGAGAAAGACGAUCAAGUAAAAGGCACAGCAGAAGAUCUUAUAGAUACCUUCUUCGAAGUUGAAGUUGAAAUGGAGAAGGAAGUUUGCCGUGACCUAGUGUGCACUUCUCCCAAAGAUGAAGAAGGAUUCCUAAGAGAUUUGUGUGAGGUCUUAUUAUAUUUAUUGCUACCUCCUGGAGAUUUCCAGAACAAGAUCAUGCGAUACUUUGUCAGGGAAAUCCUUGCACGAGGAAUUCUUCUUCCAUUAAUAAAUCAACUCAGUGAUCCUGAUUAUAUUAAUCAGUAUGUCAUAUGGAUGAUCCGUGAUUCUAAUUGCAACUAUGAGGCCUUUAUGAACAUUAUUAAAUUGAGUGACAAUAUUGGAGAAUUGGAAGCAGUUAGAGAUAAGGCAGCAGAAGAAUUACAGUAUCUUAGAUCUUUAGAUACAGCUGGUGAUGAUAUCAAUACCAUCAAAAAUCAAAUAAAUAGCUUAUUAUUUGUAAAGAAAGUAUGUGACUCAAGAAUACAGCGGUUGCAGUCAGGCAAAGAAAUAAAUACUGUGAAACUGGCAGCAAACUUUGGGAAACUUUGCACAGUCCCUCUGGACAGCAUUCUUGUAGACAAUGUUGCACUACAGUUUUUUAUGGAUUACAUGCAGCAAACUGGAGGUCAAGCACAUCUUUUCUUCUGGAUGACAGUGGAGGGCUACCGGGUUACAGCCCAACAACAGCUAGAGGUUUUAUUAAGUCGUCAAAGAGAUGGAAAACAUCAAACGAACCAAACCAAAGGUCUUUUAAGAGCAGCUGCUGUUGGAAUUUAUGAACAGUAUUUGUCUGAAAAGGCAUCUCCAAGAGUUACUGUGGAUGACUAUUUAGUAGCAAAAUUAGCAGACACUUUGAAUCAUGAAGAUCCAACCCCUGAAAUCUUUGAUGACAUUCAAAGAAAGGUAUAUGAGUUGAUGCUACGAGAUGAAAGAUUUUAUCCUUCCUUCAGACAAAAUGCACUUUAUGUGCGCAUGUUAGCUGAGCUGGACAUGUUAAAAGAUCCCAGUUUCAGAGGAUCAGAUGAUGGGGAUGGAGAAUCUUUUAAUGGGUCUCCUACAGGAAGCAUAAAUUUGUCUUUAGAUGACCUUUCAAGUGUAUCUUCUGAUGACUCAGUACAACUUCAUGCUUACAUUUCAGACACUGUAUAUGCUGACUAUGACCCAUAUGCUGUGGCAGGCGUUUGUAAUGAUCAUGGCAAGACAUACGCAUUAUAUGCCAUCACCGUACACCGGCGCAAUCUAAACAGUGAGGAAAUGUGGAAAACCUAUCGUCGGUAUAGUGACUUCCAUGACUUCCACAUGAGAAUUACUGAACAGUUUGAAAAUUUGUCAAGCAUAUUGAAGCUUCCUGGUAAAAAGACUUUUAAUAAUAUGGAUAGAGAUUUUUUAGAAAAGAGGAAAAAGGAUCUAAAUGCCUAUUUGCAGUUACUGUUAACUCCUGAAAUGAUGAAAGCAUCUCCAGCUUUGGCUCACUGUGUGUAUGAUUUCCUUGAGAACAAAGCCUAUAGUAAAGGAAAAGGGGACUUUGCUCGAAAGAUGGACACUUUUGUAAAUCCACUUCGAAAUUCUAUGAGGAAUGUUUCAAAUGCAGUUAAAUCCCUUCCUGAUAGUUUGGCAGAAGGAAUGACUAAAAUGUCAGACAACAUGGGCAAAAUGUCAGAAAGAUUAGGUCAAGACAUAAAGCAGUCAUUUUUCAAGGUGCCUCCUUUAAUUACAAAGACUGAUUCAGAUCCUGAACAUUGUCGAGUCUCAGCUCAACUUGAUGAUAAUGUGGAUGACAAUAUUCCACUUAGGGUAAUGCUGCUUCUCAUGGAUGAAGUAUUCGACUUAAAAGAGAGAAAUCAGUGGUUGCGAAGAAAUAUCAAAAACUUACUUCAGCAGCUUAUUAGAGCUACAUAUGGUGAUACUAUAAAUAGAAAAAUAGUUGACCAUGUUGAUUGGAUGACCUCACCUGAACAAGUAGCUGACUCAGUGAAACGUUUCAGAGAUGCAUUUUGGCCAAAUGGCAUUUUAGCAGAGUCUGUUCCAUGCAGAGAUAAAGCUAUUCGAAUGAGAACAAGAAUUGCAGGAAAAACUAAAUUAUUUGCAAUUAUGCCAGAUGAACUGAAGCACAUUAUUGGAGCUGAGACAACACGGAAAGGCAUUCUUCGUGUUUUUGAAAUGUUUCAGCACAACCAGCUAAAUAGGAGAAUGGUUUAUGUCUUCUUGGAAGGCUUUUUAGAAACCUUAUUUCCACAGUAUAAAUUCCGUGAACUUUUCAACAAACUGCAUUCACGGUCAAAGCAGAUGCAGAAAUAUAAACAGAAACUUCAAACUACUCAAGCGCCUUCUUUACAAAAAAGGUGACACUCCAAUCUAUGAAGCUGGUGUUCAUUUUGUCCAGAACUAAUGGUAUGGACAGAUCUUCUGGGGCUUAAGUCAUAAACUGUUGUGUCUGCACCAGUCUUUUAGUGUCUCAAAAUAGAAUAUUAAUACAUCCGUAAGACUCUGGUUCUUCUCAUUCUCAUCUGUAAUCCAGCCACUACCACGAGAGAUUUCUGUGUCUUAAAUGAUUUGGUGCAUAAUUUGCAACUUUGAGAGGAUACUGCCCUCAUCUCAUGCAAGAAUGACAUUGGUCUCUUCCGUUUCAAACUAAUCAGCAUUCUCCAGCAAUGACAAAGUGCCAGAGUGUAUAUAUGAGAGCUAAGGAAAGCACAAAACAGUGGUUCACAAAUAAACUGACUAAUUUGUUUUAAUAGUUGGAGACUGUGCAAUGUAUGCUUUGGUAAUGAUUUUGUAGGUCCUUGUCAUCAUUUUAGGUAAGUGUGGACUUGCCAGGUGAAUGAUCUUUAGAAUAUGUGUUUCAGAUAUGGGAAAAGUGACAGAAUGCCCUUACAGAAUGAAACAACCUUAUUCCCAAAUUACAGUUUUGUAACAUUAAAGAAAACAGUAUAAAAUGAAACCAACUAGAAAUAGAAUUUGGUUGGAUUUUAUCAUUCAUUGGUAUAAAACAAAUUUUUAAUUGAUUCAUUUUUGCUUUAAGGGCUUUGUUUUGCUCUAUGGUUCUCAGUUGUUAAGUUUUUUUGGCAUUCUGUGUGGAAAAAGAAGCAUGUGGUAGCUCUCACUUAAGUUUCAAAAUUAUUAGUUUUUAACAGAUUACUGAUUAUACAGAAGGGGAAUAAUUUGUUGGAGGAACUGCCAAAUACAUUCUGUCCUUCUAAAAAUUUGGAAAUUAAAAGAAAACAGUACUCUAUUGAAAGUUACCAUAUGAUAAUUUUAAAAUUGCGUGAUCUAGACAUGCCUUAGGUAACUACAAAAAUAGCAAAUCAGAAGAUUAAUGAGUGUAUUAGACAUAUGUAAACAUACAAAUUCCUAAUUCUAUUAUGUGUAUAUAUGAAAAUAAAUAAUGAAAACAGAACUCUACUAUUUUUUAAAAUAUGCUUUUAUUUAUAUUUCGCAUAAUGUAAAAUUCUAAAUAAAGCUAGUAGGCAAAACCCCUUGGUGUAUACAUUGAAGUCCCUAAAAUAAUUUUAUACCAACAAAUACUUUUUUCAGUUUUGAAGCCUCUACAUUUCCUAGCUUCCUCACUCUUGUUUUGUCCAUCUCUAAAGUCUUCAUAUCUCCUGUGUGCAGGAUUUCUGCAUAAUUUUAAAUACUUCAUUGACUAAAGGUUUGGAUGUGUCAGCUUUUUUUGUUUUAAAAAUCUUUAACACUAAAACCUUAAAAUAGUGAAGCUACUUAUCAGACCACUGAGCCAGGAUUAAAAGAAUGAUCGGGUGCUUAAGAUAAAGGGACAGAGCAUUGGUAUCCCAGUUAUUUGGGAGCUUUAAUAUUGGAACAAGAUAUUAGUGUCUUGUUUUCACUUAGACCCUACUUAUAAAGUGAAGCCUAUUAAUGGGAUAAAUCCUUCCUUCAAAGCUUUAUAAUAAUCAUAUUUAUUAAUGAUGCUGUGUGCGUACUUGCAGUGUACACAUGCUCAGCAUGUGUUGCAUGUCUUCAGAAUUACAUAAAUGAAAUCCCUUUCAUUGCAACUUGCAAGUGUAAAAAGAUGCUCAGUGGCUGUGAUGGAAGAAUUAUUUCUUCUACUUAGUCUGUCUCCCUGUUCCAGCCCCUCCCCUCACCCCAGGUUGUAAAAGUGGGAUAUGUGAAACCUAUCUGUGGAAAGCAUCAGCAUGGCCAUAAGUGCAAUGAUUUUCAUACAUACCCCUGCCCAUUUCAAGUAUAUUUUUGACAUGAAUAAAUUAAGUGUAUACAGAAGAAUUCAUGUAAGAGCCUAGUGUGUACAUGUGAAAAAAAAAAAAGUCUCCAUAUAAUGUGAGGAACACUGACCAUCAACCAGGGAAAGAAAGGUCAUGUAGGAUAGCAAAUUUUCCUAACCGAGCCCUGCAAGUUAACUGCAAUCAUACCAAAAACUAUUUGAGUAAAUGGGUUUUUAAAGUAAAUUUUGUUUAAAAGAGUUUAUAUUUCAAAAGCAGAAAUGUCAAAUGGUAGUCUAUAAACGGUGGUGCAUCUUCUCUAUGCACAUCUGUGUUUUACAUCAGAGAGAGCCGUGGUCAUGCUAAAAUUAGAGAUACUUUUUAAAUGACUUGGUCAAGCUGUGUGUAAAAUAUUUAACUCAUGAGUCAAGUACAGUGUACUAUGUUUAAUAAAGUUACAUUGAAUGCAUUUAUUGCAUACAUGGAUAUAUACAUGAAAAGGCGUUAUGUCCUCUGAUAUUUGAUUUUUGAAUGUGUUUUUAAGUCAGUGGUGCCUUUAGGCAAUGAACCUUCAAAAUUAAUCAAUCUUUGUUUGGGUUUUCUGAUUUUUCAGGUAACAUGUAAACUACUUAGAAACCAUCAUAGUUUAUUCACCUAAAAAUUUGAUUGUAUGAUUUAAACAUAGCACUUAGAUGAGCAUUUCCUAUAAUUAGGGUGUUCUAAAUAGUUGCUGAAAACAAUUGUGCCAUUGACCAAUGGAUGCACUUGGCUAGCCUUAAUUUUUUUUAAAAAAAGAAACAUUAAAAACUUUCCUGAAUAUUUCAGUUUGCUCAUUUUAAGUUUGUGCAG